UUCCGCUCUGCCUUCUAAACUACAACUCCCAGGAAGCAUUGAGGCGACGCCUGACGGCCACAUCUGCUGCUUCUCAUUGGUCCGGCGGCAGGGGAGGGCGUUUUGAUUGGCUGAGGGUGGAGUUUGUAUCUGCAGGUUUAGCGCCACUCAGCUGGCUGAGGCUGCGGAGAGUGUGGGGCUCCAGGUGGGCUCACGCGAUGAGAAAACAGGCUUAGAGAAGUUGUGAUCUACCUGAAGUCAUGCACAGUUUGAUGCAAGUGUCUGAUCCGCUUGUCUCUAAUCUCUCAUAGCAACUUGUUGACAAGUUUUCUCCAGUUGUCCUGUUUUGCUGAAAAAGCUGUGGGGAAGACUCAGCCUGGCUGAGGUAGUAUUAGACCAGCAGGCCCUGGAGCAGCUUACUCAGUUGUGGUAUUGCCUUCCUGGUCGUGAUGUCUCGGGAGACGGAUGUGGAGGCUCAGCAGUCCCAUGGCAGCAGUGCCUGUUCACAGCCCCAAGGCAGUGCUCUGCAGUCCCAAGGCUUCUCCUCACAGUCCCAGGGCACAUCCAGCUCUUCUACCGGCACCAUGCCAAACUCAAGCCAGUCCUCUCACUCCAGCUCUGGGACACUGAGCUCCUUAGAGACAGUGUCCACUCAGGAACUCUAUUCUAUUCCUGAGGACCAAGAACCUGAGGACCAAGAACCUGAGGAGCCUGCCCCUGCCCCCUGGGCUCGAUUAUGGGCCCUUCAGGAUGGAUUUGCCAAUCUUGAAUGUGUGAAUGACAACUACUGGUUUGGGAGGGACAAAAGCUGUGAAUAUUGUUUUGACGAACCACUGCUGAAAAGAACAGAUAAAUACCGGACAUAUAGCAAGAAACACUUUCGGAUUUUCAGGGAAGUGGGUCCUAAAAACUCUUACAUUGCAUACAUUGAAGAUCAUAGUGGCAAUGGAACCUUUGUAAAUACAGAGCUUGUAGGGAAAGGAAAACGCCGUCCUUUGAAUAACAAUUCUGAAAUUGCACUUUCACUAAGCAGAAAUAAAGUUUUUGUCUUUUUUGAUCUGACUGUAGAUGAUCAGUCGGUUUAUCCUAAGGCAUUAAGAGAUGAAUACAUCAUGUCAAAAACUCUUGGAAGUGGUGCCUGUGGAGAGGUAAAGCUGGCUUUCGAGAGGAAAACAUGUAAGAAAGUAGCCAUAAAGAUCAUCAGCAAAAGGAGGUUUGCCAUUGGUUCAGAAAGAGAGGCAGAUCCAGCUCUCAAUGUUGAAACAGAAAUAGAAAUUUUGAAAAAGCUAAAUCAUCCUUGCAUCAUCAAGAUUAAAAACUUUUUUGAUGCAGAAGAUUAUUAUCUUGUUUUGGAAUUGAUGGAAGGGGGUGAGCUGUUUGACAAAGUGGUAGGGAAUAAACGCCUAAAAGAAGCUACCUGCAAGCUCUAUUUUUACCAGAUGCUCUUAGCGGUACAGUACCUUCAUGAAAACGGUAUUAUACAUCGUGACUUAAAGCCAGAGAAUGUUUUACUAUCAUCUCAAGAAGAGGACUGUCUUAUAAAGAUUACUGAUUUUGGGCAUUCCAAGAUUUUGGGGGAGACCUCUCUCAUGAGAACUUUAUGUGGAACCCCCACGUACUUGGCCCCUGAAGUUCUUGUUUCUGUUGGAACUGCUGGGUAUAACCGUGCUGUGGACUGCUGGAGUUUAGGAGUUAUUCUUUUCAUCUGCCUUAGCGGGUAUCCACCUUUCUCUGAGCAUAGGACUCAAGUGUCACUGAAGGAUCAAAUCACCAGUGGAAAAUACAACUUCAUUCCCGAAGUCUGGACAGAGGUCUCAGAGGAGGGUAUGAAUACGAAAUGGUUAAGAAUUUGUGCUCUGGACCUUGUCAAGAAGUUGUUGGUGGUGGAUCCAAAGGCACGUUUUACGACAGAAGAAGCCUUAAGACACCCAUGGCUUCAGGAUGAAGACAUGAAGAGAAAAUUCCAACAUCUACUGUCUGAGGAAAAUGAAUCUGCAGCUGUACCCCAGGUUCUAGCCCAGCCUUCCACUAGUCGAAAGCGGCCCCAUGAAGGGGAAGCCGAGGGUGCUGAGACCACAAAGCGCCCGGCUGUGUGUGCUGCUGUGUUGUGAACCCCGUGGUUUGAACAUGAAAGACAUGGGCCUUCUUUCACUGUCAUCUUUCUUUAAGUCUGUUUUUCUUUU